GAUCGAAUGUGGGAGGAGACGUUAUUGUCUUUUUGAUUGGCUCCUUGACUUCUCUACCUCUCCGUCACUGAAUGCUGACCGCGGCUGACCACAUGUCCUCUUGUAGCUGAGAGCUUCGUAAACGUUUGCUAACGUUUGCUUAUGACGCGCCUGCUCAUUAUUACAUCUGUGUGUGCUCAGUCUCGUUGCAUGAGUAUCUAGUCUUAAACUAAAAAACCGAAAUUCAAAGAUAAUAACAAGAAUACAAUUAAAAUGUCGGAUUCUAUAUCAUCAGCAACAACUGAGAAAACACCCUUUCCUGAAAGCGAGGAAACUGCUAUUCCAGUUAUUGCAGAAACUUCUGCUCCCGUAACUGGGGACACUGCCAUUAACGUAACUGGGGAAAAUGCUACCCCAGUACGAGAAGAAACUUCUAUCACCGUGACUGAGGAAACUGCCGACCCCGUAACCAAAGAAACUUCGAUCCCCAUGACUGAGGAAACUAACAUUCCCAUGACUGAGAUGGGCAGUGACGAACCAAAAGAUCAACAGCUUGUCCCAGAUCCGGAAGAAGUCUUAGACGACUGUGGUUCAGGAAUGGAAAGAUUUACUGGGGUGAUCAAUUUUACAUUGGGCGUGCUUGUCUUCUUUCUUCAGUUGUGGGCCUUACUUAUUUCAACAAUGAAUGUGGAUAUAGACCCUACUGGCUUGUUAGUUGGAAUCUACCUCGUUAUGCUCGCAACACUGGCGAAAUUUGAAAAGGUCAGGAGUAUUGAUAUCGCUCGCUGUUUGACCUUUUUCGCGAUGAUCUUGGGGGUGACUUUGAUUAUUUUACAUUCUUGGAGUGUCUACCUUUGCCGGAACUUGUAUGACUACUGUUCUACGAUUAGUACUUCUCCAGAAACCUUGGAUACAUCGACUGGCGCAAGUUGCCGAUGGUUCACUCAACGGCUCAUUAUUGAUUCAUUAAUGGUUGCUUGUGGUGGUGUGAUUGUCAUUUUUAACGGAGUUCUUCUGUACUUUCUUUCCUUCAAAACUACAACGAAAUAGUUUUGAAAUAGAAUUUAAUCAAUGUUGCAUUGCUGCCUUUCCUCGUUUCCUGUUUUUCUUCACCAGUUUUUUUCUAAAUGAUUCAUGCAUUUUCAUUUCAUGUAUACCAAGUUUUUUUUAAGCUGUCACGAAACAGUCAAAUAAA